AUGUCUCAUCACCAGAAGCUCACAGACCAUUCAGGAUCCUCGAUUCAAUCCCACGAUUUCCUUAUUGAGAAGGAUUCAAAGGUGGUCGAAUUGUACCACCAUGAGUGUUCGUUGGAAAUACAGCGCUGUGAAAAUACCGAGUCAUCAUCCUCGAAGGCUGGCAUUGCACUCCCUGUAAAACCAGCAACGACAAUCGCGGCAAGUAACCAGAGUUAUGAUUUGGUCGUUCUCACUCAAGCCGCGUACGAGAGCAUGGCUUUUCUGCAAAGACCAGCCAUGCUCAAGAAAGCGCUGAGAGUACUUCGUCUGGGCGGCUGCCUGCUGCUAGAAUCGUCACUCGUGGAGAUGGAGGACUGGAGGCGGCCUCGUGAAGGUCAUGCACUCGACAACAUCGCGGAGAGAAAGGCCGAUCGGCCUGUGACCUCCAAGGCCCGUCUAUAA